ACGAACAUUACUAGAGACCGGACCAUGCCGGAACACACGCCCGCACCGACGCCGGGCCGGGCGAUCUACGGCUUCGCGCUCUAUCUGCUCUUCCAGACGCUCUUCCUGCUGUACGUGCUGUGGGCGUUCGUGCCGACCGUCUGGUUCGACCGGCUUGGGCUGACCUACCUGCCGGACAAAUACUUUGCGCUCUUCGUGCCGAUCCUUGCCCUGGUCGCCGUGACGCUGUUUGCGUUUCUCGUCUACCCUUCGCUCGGGCUCGCCAUGAUGCCGGACGUGGACGAGCGGACGACCGUAGCGGACGGCAACAGUAUCGUGCGCUGCGAGUUCCGCUUUCCGGACGGGUUGUGCUGCCAGCAGCGGGUGGAAACACCGCUCGAACGGGGGUGGAACGUGAGGCGGCACUGCGCAAAGCACAGCACGCGGCAGGGAGCGGUGGAAACGCAGCGCACGGUGCGUGUGGCCAACUUUUGCGACUGCCCGUACGAGGGUCAGUGUUUGCUGCGGAAAGAUCCGGAGUACUUGCCGACGCUGCGAAGCAAAGAUCCGAUACCGGCGGUUAGUGACCUCAGCCUGUCCCAGGUCAGUCGAACGUUGUACCAUCGAAGAGGUAGAUGAUAAGAGCAGAUAGAAGCGCGUUUUUCUUCUGAAUUUAUAUAAAAUGUAAAAUAUGUGUGUACAUGUGUUCACUUUAAACUAAA